AUGGUCUCACUACGAGGAUUGACGCUUUCGCUCCUUCUCGCAGUCAACGUAUGGGCGGCGCCUGCGGUUGAUGUGGAUCUCGAGCUCCGACAGCUGACGGAAGACAAUUUUCGUGCCAGUACCGCGAGAGGUUUAUGGCUGGUGGAGCACUAUUCACCGAAAUGCAAUCGUGGGCACUGUCGUGCCUUUGCGCCGACCUGGCAGAGGCUUGCAAAACGGUUUCAACAUCUCGAGAGGUUGUCAGGAACAUACAUGGCUCAGGUCAACUGUCUAGCUCAAGGAGACCUGUGUAACAGAAAUGAAAUUAAAUAUUACCCUCAACUCGUUCUAUACUCUGAUGGGACGGCUUUAUCCUCAUAUACUGGAGAUCGAAGUUUUGAGGAUCUAUCCCGAUUCAUCGAACAACAUUCUGCGACCUACGUCCAGGAUCAUCUAAAGGCGACUGAGACCGGCUCUGAACAAAAUUCUUCAGCAAGUUCUCAUAAUCAAGACGGCAAAGUCGUUGAAACGGAUGGCGAUGGCUUGGUCGCUUUAAAGAGUGCAGGGCCUGUCCUCGUAGACUUUUACGCUCCGUGGUGUCCACACUGCAAGCAACUUAGACCAAUCUAUGAAGAGCUGGCAACGGAGCUCAGGGGCAAGAUGAACAUUGCCGCCAUUAAUUGUGACGCACAUCCUGCGUUGUGCAAAGAAUACGGAAUCAAGGGAUUCCCAACCAUACGACUCUUCGAUGGCGCGACUUCAAAGGACAUGACGGGAGCAAGGACACUUGCAAAGAUGAAGGAAUUUGCGCUCAAAUCUGUCAAAACGAACGCGGUCACUCCGAUUAUGGCUCAAGACUUUGAUGAGAUUCUCAAAUCUCAAGAUGUCUUCUUCCUCUAUCUUCAAAACUUCGACAGCGCUCUGUCAGAUACCGCGAAUGUCAAGAGCGCCCUGGCGCCGAUCGCCAGUACUCAUCCUUUAUACACCUCUUCUGAUCCCGAAUUGUACAAGCAAUUACACAUCGCCAAUCCUCCUCCCACCUCAAGCCUUCUGGCUUUCUCAGCACAGGAUCCUUAUCCAGUCGGCAGUCUUGCAUUCCCCGCUGACAGGGAUGCGAUAGAUCGUUUCAUCGCUGGGCACAAACUUCCGACCCUGGUGCAAUUGACGACCUCCAAUUUUAACGAUCUGCUCAAGUCCCAGUCACACUCCGUGGUGGUUCUUGGUGCACUGCAUGGAGGCUCGGACGGAGAGGCGGAAAAGAAGAAGCUGUACGAGAUUGCUCGAGCUUGGAGACGGGGAGGACGUCGAUUCUCCUCCCCUGUACAAUUCGUUUGGGCUGAAUCCGGCAAAUGGGCAGGAUGGUUGAGGUCAUCAUUCAAAGUCAAACGACAGGAUCUACCUGCUAUCGUGAUCAUCGACCCGAGUACCUACGAGUAUUACGACACCACGAUCGAAGGCAACAGGGUACUGUUUGAGGGUGCCUCUGUCUUCUCCGUCCUUGAAGGCUUCUAUCAGCACUUCUUGAGGCCUCGUCCGAUCGAGACUACCUUUGAGUGGGGAUCCAGAAGCGCGACAAUGACUUUGAUCAGCCUGGGCCACCUGGGCGCAGACAACAAGUUUUUGGCGUUCUUAUUUGUGGUUGGGGGGGUGGGGCUGUUCAUCUUUCUGCUUCAAAAGUGUAUUCCUAGGGAUGCUCGAGAAGGGCACAAGGAUCAUCACAAUAGACCACGUCUAGAUUGA